AUGCGAUGGACCGAUUUCCUGUCAAUACGGGGUAUCUUUGACGACGCCCUGUGCUCUGACCCCAGGGAUCGUAUAUAUGGCAUAAGAUCUCUGCUGUUGGAGGAUCAACAGGAGCUAUGCGGAGAACCGAAUUACACCAGGUCGACAGUCGAGGUGUACUCUGAAUUUACUCGAAACUAUAUCAAAAGGUACCCCAACGGUCUCACAAUCCUCCGCCAGUGCGAAUUAUCUCAACUUUCGCAGCGCUGGUCUGGUCCUUCUUGGGUACCUGAUUGGUCGACCAAAGCAGGCUUUCAGUCGAGACACGGCACUUUCGCCUCUUCACAGUUACAGGGACACUUUGCUUUUCCACGGACUGGGACUCUGCAAGUUCUUGGUAUAUCACAAACAGUGGUCAAAGAGAUUCAGCCAGUACCCAAAUUCUACCAACGCGACUGGAAUGAGGCCGUUAAGUUCCUGCGACGCAUUACGCCACCCCAGAGCGAAACCACGGUAUAUCCGCCCGGAGGAUCUCUCUUGCGUGCUCUUGCCAGGACUAUGGUCUGUGGUGCUGUCUCCGACUUUGGGCACGUCCGAGAUGGCAACUUUCCCGCCACACAAAUAGCAGAGGCGGAAAUGAGUCGAUUCGUCUCGGGGGUCGACCUCGUCUCGGAGGAUUACAAGAUAGGAAGUCAUGCGCAGAGAUUUUUGAAGAGAAUGGAUUGGGGAUCGGGUGGAAAGAGCUUCAUCAUCAGUACAGGCGGAUACGUAGGUGUGUCGCCUCCCUCAACAAGAAUCGGCGACGAGAUCUUCGUGAUUGUGGGCUGUCAGCAGCCUCUGGUGCUAAGGAGAUGCCUCAAUGGGGCCAAUCAAUACUCCGUGGUUGGGGUAUGUUAUGUGGAGGGUUGCGCUCGCGGUGAGCCUCUCCUCGGAAAUCUGCCAGACCAUAUAGGCUUUAGCUGGAUCGAAGACACCGUCAGACUUGGGUGGUCACGGCGUUUUGAGAAUUUGUGGUCUGGAGAGUUAUUCCAAGAGGAUCCUCGCCUUGAAAGUCUCGGAGUUGUUCUUGGUGAAUUUCGGAAGCGACUGUCCGAGAAUCCGGAGGCAACAUUGAACCUGGCACCCGAGGUGUUGCAGAAAUGUAUAGCCGGCUUGCAGUAUAUCGAGCUAAUUUAG